AUGAAUAAUCUUCCACAGAUUUUAAUUGAUCCAAUUAUUAAUGAAAAGGAUAUAAUAGAGACAAUAAUUGAACCAAUUGAAGAUUGUAAAUCAUUAACUGUACCACUUUCGAAAUUUUAUAUUAACAAUGACAAUGAUAAUAAUAAUAAUAAUAAUGUUGACAAUAAUGGUAAUUGUAAUAACAACACAAAUUACAAUCAAAAUGAUGGACAUAUGAAUUAUACUAAUCAUUUAAAUAAUAUUAUUGAUCAUUCUAAUAAUUUAGGACAAACUAUAGUAGGAAAAAUAUAUAUAAGAUCUGUGAAUUCAUCAAAUUCAUCAAAUAAAUAUAAUCAACUUGUAUGGGUACAAAUUUAUCAGAAAUCAUCAUCAAUUUCAUCAAAACUGAAUACACAUAAUAUAGAUAUUCCAACUUUUGUAUUAUUAUUAAAAACAAGAAUAAAUCCACAGAAUUCUGAAUAUACACCAGAUUAUUAUUCACCACCUUAUAUGACAUUUAAUUUAAAACAUACACGUUCAAGUCUAAUAGAUGAGAAACAUUUUCAUAUUUAUACAAGAUGUGGAGAAGGUAUAACACUUGAAGGUGAAAUAGCUGAUGAACAUUCUGUAUCUUACUGGUUAUCGAUUUUUAAUCAAAAUACAUUAAUUCCUAAUCAUAUGGAAUUUAUUCGUACAAAUGAAAUAAAAAUACGUUCGGCUCCUAAUUCACCUAGACAUAUAAGACGACGAAAUAAUAUUACUACUGAUAUUAAUAAUAAACAUUGUUUCAUUGAUAAUCCAACAAAUUGUAGUACACAUUCAAUUUCUCGUAUGUGUAUAUUUGAAACACUUAAUGAAACACAAGAAUCAGAAAGUGGAGUAUGA